UUUACUGCAGGUUAAAUGCUUCAUGUUCCAGACACAAUGGCAUCAUCAGUCCCUCUGUCCAAGGCCAACACCACCUUCUCUCUGGAUCUGCUCAAACAGCUGAGUGAUAAAGACAAGGCAGGAAAUCUCUUCUUCUCUCCUUUCAGCAUCUCCUCUGCCCUGGCUAUGGUGAUGCUGGGGGCCAGAGGCAACACGGCCACACAGAUGUCAGAGAUACGGCUGGUGAAAGCAGUGCCAACAGUAACAUGUUUGGGCUGCUGUGAGGAUGUUUUAGCAGGCAAUUACCAGAAAGUCCAGUUGUGUGAACUGUUCUUUUUUUUAGGGCCUUGUUCGUUAGCCAGCUGGCAAACAUCUACUCUACAAUCACUGCAGUCAGUUGAUGGUAAUAAAAAAUGUUGGGACUCAAAAGUGUGGUCACCUGAGUUUGCACGAACUUGUCACUCUCCUGAUAGUUGCACAAGAGCAUAUCUCUGGCUGUGGCCUUGGUCGGUGGAGACAGAGGCAGGGGUAAUUGGAUUUCUAAAUAAGGUCCUUGGCUUCACUGAGCGAGAAAAGCAAAAGCCUGCAGGACAAGAGAAGAAGCACGAGCAGCAGCAGCAGGUGCAGCAGGUGCAGCAGGUGCAGCAGUGUCUGAAAACCAAGAAGUGUCAGGGUGAUGUCCAUGCUGACUUUGGUAAACUGCUGAGCGUUCUCAACAAGGCAGAUGCUCCAUAUGCCCUCAGUGUUGCCAACAGACUGUACGGGGAGCAGUCCUACCUGUUUGUUGAGGAUUUCUUGAAACAAACCAGGAAGCACUACAGCGCAGAGCUGGAGUCUGUGGACUUCCAGACCAGCCAUGAGGUGGCAAGACUCAACAUCAACGGAUGGGUUGAGACACAGACACAAGGUAAGAUUAAGGACUUGCUGACCAAGGGUGUGGUCAACAACAUGACCAGCCUGGUGCUGGUCAAUGCCAUCUACUUCAAAGGCGACUGGAAAGAUCCGUUUGAGGAGAGUGCCACAAGAGAUGCUCCGUUUAGAAUCAACAAGAAGGACACCAGUACAGUGAAGAUGAUGCACAAGUACGACAAGUUCCCUUUGAACAUCAUCCCUGAAAUCAACUGCCAGGUUCUGGAGAUGCCUUACAAAGGGAGCGAGCUCAGCAUGCUCAUCUUUCUACCCACAGAUAUAGAGGACAGUUCAACUGGUCUGGAGAAGCUGGAGAAGCAGCUGACCUAUGAGAACUUUGUGGAGUGGACUCGUCCAGACAAGUUCUCUAAAUUUGAUGUUGAUGUGGGCCUACCUCGGUUCAAGUUGGAGGAGAAGUAUGACAUGAAAGAUCUCCUGGUCAGCUUGGGGAUGGUGGAUGCCUUCGAUGUGUCAAUGUGUGAUUUCUCAGGCAUGUCUCCAGACAACAAUUUGGUGCUGUCUAAAGUCGUACACAAAGCAUUUGUGGAGGUCAACGAGGAGGGAACUGAGGCUGCAGCUGCAACUGGUGCCAUCAUGAUGGUGACAAGUGUUCGACCGCGCCCAGCCUCCUUCAUUGCAGACCAUCCCUUCCUCUUCUUCAUCCGACAUAACUCUAACAUGAGCAUUCUGUUUGCCGGCCGCUACUGUUCCCCAGAGUGCUGCAGAGGAAGUCAGUGCGAUACCGAGAGACUCCUGAUCUCCUGCUGCACUGGAAGGAAAGUGUCUGUCCACACAAUGGCAUCAUCAGUCCCUCUGUCCAAGGCCAACACCACCUUCUCUCUGGAUCUGCUCAAACAGCUGAGCGAUAACGACAAGGCGGGAAAUGUCUUCUUCUCUCCUUUCAGCAUCUCCUCUGCCCUGGCUAUGGUGAUGCUGGGGGCCAGAGGCAACACGGCCACACAGAUGUCAGAGGUCCUCAGCUUCACUGAGUCAGAGAAGAUGCGGUCUGGUAGAGGAGAGCAAAUGCAGAUGCAGAUGCAGAUGCAGCAGCAGGUCCACUCCAAGGUGCCACUGCAUCUGCUGAAGAGCCUGAAAACCAAGGACUGUCAGGAUGAUGUCCACGCUGACUUUGGUAAACUGCUGAGCGCCCUCAACAAGGCCGAUGCUCCAUAUGCCCUCAGUGUUGCCAACAGACUGUACGGGGAGCAGUCCUACCUGUUUGUUGAGGAUUUCUUGAAACAAACCAGGAAGCACUACAGCGCAGAGCUGGAGGCUGUGGACUUCCAAACCAGCCAUGAGGCGGCAAGACUCAACAUCAACAGCUGGGUAGAGACGCAGACACAAGGUAAGAUUAAGGAUGUGCUGGCCCAGGGUGUGGUCAACAACAUGACCAGGCUUGUCCUGGUCAAUGCCAUCUACUUCAAAGGCAACUGGAACAAGCAGUUUGAGGAGAGUGCCACAAGAGAUGCUCAGUUUAGACUCAACAAGAAUAAAACUAAGCCAGUGAAGAUGAUGCACCAGAAAUCCAAGUUCCCUUUGACCUUCAUCCCUGAAAUCAACUGCAAUCUUCUGGAGAUGCCUUACAAAGGGGAGGAGCUCAGCAUGCUCAUCUUUCUACCUAUGGAUAUAGAAGACAGUUCAACUGGUCUGGAGAAGCUGGAGAAAGAGCUGACCUAUGAGAACUUUGUGGAUUGGACAAAUCCAGACAUGAUGGACAAAGUUGAGGUUCAGGUGGGCCUACCUCGGUUCAAGAUGGAGGAGAAGUAUGACAUGAAGGAUGUCCUGGUCAGCAUGGGCAUGGUGGAUGCCUUUGAUAUGGCAAUGUCUGAUUUCUCAGGCAUGUCUCCAGGCAACGACUUGGUGCUGUCUAAAGUCGUACACAAAGCGUUUGUGGAGGUCAACGAGGAGGGAACCGAGGCUGCAGCUGCCACUGCUGCCGUCAUGAUGAUGCGCUGUCUUCCAAUUCGUCCAGUCUCCUUCAUCGCAGACCAUCCCUUCCUCUUCUUCAUCCGACAGAACUCCACCAUGAGCAUUCUGUUUGCCGGCCGCUACUGCUCCCCAGAGUGAGCAGGACAUUGUUGAGAGCAGUUAUUCUUAACCAGGGGGGGUGGCUGGGUUACAAUACAGUACAUCUAAAAAGGCAUUAGUAUAUCAUCUUAUUCAGUAGUACUAAAUAUUGUUUAGAAUCAUUUCACAAAAGUUUAAUCAUGAGCUGAGUUGCCGUCCUAUAUUUUCAGCAGCAGGAGGAUUCAGGAUUUUCUGAACUGUGGCCUCUUGUCUAAAUCACUCCUAACAUUAGUGAUUCUCUGUUUAUCCUGAACAUAAGAUACCUGCUCUGCCCCUAAUAUGGUCUUUAGAAUAUGGCCCUCUAUAUGUUUAUAAUACACAUGGCCCUGUUUGCUGAAGCAUUUAUACCAUUAGUCUUAAUUUCUUAUCUUGUACACUCUUACUCUCUUUGGAAGAAUUUGCCUAUCACAAUGUCUUCUAUGCCUUUUGCAGCCGGCAACACAGACGUCAGCUGUAACUUAAGUUUACAUCAAGAGAACAUACAGUAUGAUGGUUCUAAGUAUGUCUGCACUUUAUCUUCAGAACAUGCAAUCAAAUUGUUUUUUAAUCUAUUCAGUGAACCAAAGAGAAAAUUGUGAUGAACAGAUAGAUGUGUAUAUGUAAUUUCACCACUAUGCAUAUAGUGAAUACAGACUAAAAAUAAAAACAACGCUUUGAAUAAA